UAGGCGUGUCCUUCGGCGGCAGUGGUGUCUUCUACGUGUAAGAGAGUGACAUCAAGAGUGCAGGCGGUUCACCGGGUUUGCGAACGGACGGACCGGAGUCACGCACCAUUCGCUACACGCGCGUGUAUCCGCGCGCACAAUCGCCGCACUUUACUCGGUCCGAGCGCGUUUCGUCGUGCGUCCCAUCGUAAAACUGUGCGUCGUACCAUAUUGCGACCAUAUCAUUAAAAUUAUCAACCGAUUUUGUUGUGCCGCUCGCGAUAAUUAUAUCGUUUCUCGUCUAAUUAACUUACUAAUACGCGGCGCGGACGAUAUUUUUGUUCUGUUCUCGCGGUCUUUUUGAUCAGCUACCCACCGGAUGGCAUGAUCGCCAGUAAGACUCAUAGCCGCACCACGGUUUUUCCAGGAGCUUUGCUGUUCCGGCAGCGGCUGUUCGCCAUCGUCGUCGGCCUUAUCGUGUUGGCAAGCGCGACGCCCUUGACUGUCGCUUCGUCCUGUCCGGCGGUCACGGCAAACGCCUUCGGCCGUACCGUUUCUGCCGAUGUGCUACCCGACGGCGAGGUCGAAGUCCGUGUAAGCUCCGGCAACGUAACAGCCAAAAGGACGUCGUUUACUGCACCGGAAACUGGGGAAGCGUUGACUUUGCAUCAGGUCACGGACGGAGUGCAUUUCAUGCAACUGAUUUACGGGACGGCCGAUCGACUUUUGGACUGCGAGUACGUCAGCGAAAGGGAAGCGUCGUGCGAUUUCCGUCGAGAAUUCUGGAAAGAAGAACAGGGCAAGAACAACUCGGUGGCGGCGUUGUCCAAACGGUAUGCCGUCAUGGUGGACUUUGGUCGUUUGAAAAGAGCCUGUCGCAAAAACCACAAGAACGCUCGCCGAGAACUGGCCGGCCAACACCGGCGGCACGCGAAACAACAACAAGAAAACCUCAUCGCCCCCCCGGGCAGAAGUAACAACGACCGACGGAAGAGGGACCUUAUGGCCGUGUUGAGAGUGCCCGGCACUAAAUGGUGUGGCAAAGGCCGGUCGGCCAAAAAGUACACUCAUUUGGGCGGUUUCGGAGGGGCCGAUCGUUGUUGCCGAGUUCACGACACUUCCUGUCCGCUGUACAUAGGCGCGUUGGAGACGAAAUACGGUCUAUUCAACUGGCGGCUAAACACUCUCAUGCAUUGUUCCUGUGAUCGCAGGUUCCGGUCGUGUUUGAAAAUGGUCGGUACUGGAUCUGCAAAUUUAAUUGGCAAGUUGUUCUUCAACGUGGUCCAGACAAAAUGUUUCAUCCUAAAACGGGUGCGAGUAUGCACAAAGAAAACAUGGUGGGGCAAAUGUCAUCGGCACGAGCACCGGAAAAAAGCUUACAUCAGGAACAACAAGCCUUAUUAAUUUAUAACUAUCAUUACAUUUUAUAAAUUAUUGUAAACACUCCAAUAAGCUUCAACUGCUAUAUUACUAUAUUCAUUUCCUUCUUCUACACUUAUAGAACAUUUGUUAUUAAGAAUACUUAGGUCUUAUUUAUUCUUGUGUAGGUUAAAAAUAAAAAAACUCUUUAGCUAUUUAAUUUUAUAUAGUGAUAGUGUUUAGACGCAUUGUUGUUAUAAACCAUUUUUAUACAUAUAUAUAUUUCAAAUAAGAUGUUAUUUUAUACUGUAAAAUAAAGAUCUGGUCAUUAGUAAUGUUAUUUUUGAACGAAGAAUGUGUAAUCUGUAGGUAAAACAUUAUUAUUAAUUAUUUAUUACCAAACGUAAAUUCAAUUUGUCUAAAUUGUAUAAACUAUUACGCUAUGGAAUUUUUAGAUUUUAUUUAUUGGCUUUAAGAGUUAAAAGUUAAAUUUAUGUAAAAUUAAUUAUAAGUUCGCCAAAAAAAAAAAAAAUAUACACCUGUAGAGUGAAGA